AUGCCCGGCCCGCGGCGCCGGCUGCCGGCGCUGCCCGCCCUGCUGUGGCUGGCGCUGGCCCCGCUGCCCGGCGCGCCCGGCCCCGCGGCCAGGGCCGAGCUGCGGGUGCGGGUGCGGCUGCCCGGCGGGCAGGUGACGGAGGAGAGCCUGCAGGCCGACAGCCGCCUCGACUGCAUCAGCCUGGAGCUGCGCACGGCCGACGGCGCGCUCGUCACCCUCACCGCCGACUUCAGACAGGAGGUGAAGAUUUUCCGUGCCUUAAUCCUAGGGGAGCUGGAGAGGGGCCAGAGCCAGUUUCAAGCUCUCUGCUUCGUCACAAGGCUUCACCGCAACGAGAUCAUCCCCAGCGAGUCCAUGGCAAAGCUGCGGCAGAAGAAUCCCAGGACAGUGCGGCAGGCUGAGGAGGUGCGGGGCCUGGAGCACCUCAGCAUGGAUGUAGCUGUCAACUUCAGCAAGGGAGCCCAGCUGAGCUCCCACAUCCACAAUGUCUGUGCAGAGGCCAAAGAAGCAAUUUAUACCCGAGAGGAGGAUGUCAAAUUUUGGCUGGAGAAAGGAGUGGACGGCUCCAUGUUCGAGGUCCUGCCACAGACUUCUGAUCUGCCUGACCUGCAGCGCUGCAAGCUGUGUGCAGACCUCUGGAAGCCCUGCAUCUGCAGCUACUCUCUGAGCAUCGAGUGGUAUCCCUGCAUGCUGAAGUACUGCCGGAGUCGGGAUGCUGGCGGCAAGGUUUCUUCUUACAAGUGCGGCAUCCGCAGCUGCCAGAAGGGCUACACCUUUGAUUACUACGUGCCACAGAAGCAGCUCUGUCUCUGGGAUGAGGAGACCUAG